AUGGAGACCCAAUCCAAAUUAGCGACAAUUGCGGCAGGCCAUUGCCGCUACAAAUCUAUCGACACCACAAUCAACGACCCUUUGCCCUGUCCAUCACGUCCUACGGAAGAUGAGGCUGAGCUAUAUUACCGUGGACUGGGUGAUUCGGCCAAGCUUAUCGCGCGAUCCUCCCGGGAACCUAUCCAACUAUACCGAAGCCGCGGCCUCCUCUCAAAGCAUUUUAAAAGCCCAACACCUCAUCCCCAACUGGACCAGCACUUCAAACCAAACUCUGCCCUCGUUGCCGAUCUCAUCCAGAGGCUCAAUAAGAACAUGAUCGAGGACUGCCGGAUGUUCGUGACGACAGUUGUCGGGCCUAGCCAUGUGUCGAGACUUACGCUGUGUAUUUUGGUCACCGCUUCGGACGCACCUGACUGGUCUCGUGCUCAGAGAGCAGUGGAUGCAUGCCUGAAGGUUCUCUGGCACUACGAGAUCUACGAUGUGGAAGUCGAGAUGAUGUCCACAUUGGGAGCAAUAGGUCAUAUGCAGCGUGGGCCACAAGCUGCCGACAGGGACAUGAUGCAAAAGGUACAGCAACUACCCGUCCAAGUUCAGAAGCAGAGUGUUGCCAAGGCAAGCCAAUUGCUGAACGACACCGAAUACAACCCACACUACAUGGUGGCUGCUUCCGAGUACCUUGGAACAAGUUUGACCCCAGUGGGAGGUACCGGAUAUGGCUGCAAGGGCCCGCAUCGAUCUUCUGCUAUGCGAAGCGUAACCCGGCUCCAGGUGUACCGCGAGCAGAAGCAAAUGACCCAGGCUUCGAUCGAGCUCGACCUUAUCGACAGGGAGAUUGCAGCAGCAAGGUCACGCAGCGAUUCUGUCCUCAAGAUUCUGAAGUACCAAGAUUUGACCUUUGGAAAAGUUAUCUUGAGCCCGCCUCUCGCGCGCCGUGCAGCACCUGAGCCACCAGCGCUAAGACUCACCAAGGCAGACUGGGCUCUCAUCAGCCUUGACAUGAGCAUGUUUCCGUCACGGAAUCCCCGAAAUCGUUUUUACGUACCUGACGACUGGGUCCCCAGUUCCAUCGUCACCGCAGCUACAUCACUAGGCCUCGAAUUUCCCAACGUUAGAGGCGACGAGGGAUUGCCAAUGCAUCAAAUUCGAGGGACCGCAUCUCUAGAUGAGCUCCGGCAAGAAACGUCUGCUGAGAAGAAGGUCGAACACGAUGUUACAGGCACUAUCGUCUGUAAGUAUGGCCCGAGGACAGGUCUGACGUUCGGCGUGUGCAAUCGCUACGCUUGCGUCGAAAAGAAAGCAGGCUGCCUUGAGACCUGUGACUCGGGAGCUGGAGUCGUAUCGCUGGAAGGACGUCUUAUCGGUAUUGUGACCUCGGGCGACGAUGAUCCUUCGUUUGACGCUACAUGGGUCACGCCGUACCAGACUCUGCGAGAAGAAUUCAGGGACGCUGCUGACACAAGUGGUAUGAGAGAUUUGAGCAUCGCCCUCCGCUGA